UCCGACUUCGCACGCCGUCGUACCAUGCUUCGCAAAAUGCUCUUCGCUCUCCUCGCGUGCGUCGUCACGUUCUCGAGUGCGCUCACGCAGCGCGACGUCGAGACUGCCAAAGGCCUCCUUCGCCAAGUCGCCGGGCCCAUCAACUCGAACCAAUUUCUUCAGUUUGCCGGGCGCAUGCUCCAGCUCUGGUUCCACGACAUCGACACCUUUGGUGCUGUCGCCAACGGCGGCCCCAACGGCUGCGUGAACGCGCAGUCGGGCGCCAACGCCGCGGUCCUCGGCGUCAUCUCCUCGAUCAACCAGAUUCACAAGCAAAUGCGCGGCGUCAUUUCCAAGGCCGACCUCUACGUGCUCGGUGCGUCGGUCGUCAUCAUGGACUCGAUCCCCAAGGGCUCGCCCGUCGGCAUGGAUCUGCUUGGUACCUUUACGACGGGCCGCCCCGACAAGGCUGUGUGCGACCUUCAGAACGUCCUGCCCAACCCGACUGGCGCGAUUUCGACGGUCCAGCAGGCGGUCUCGCAGCGUCUCGGCUUGACCAAAGCCGAGACGGUUGCGCUCAUGGGCGCGCACACGCUCGGCGGCGCGCACACGUCGAUCUCGGGCUUCACCGGACCGUUUGAUGACACACCGGCAGUCUUUGACAACGUCUACUAUACGUCGUACUUGACCAAGCAGUGGAUCAAGAAGCAAGGCCAGUCGGGUGUCUUCUGGGCUGCCAACGACAACUCGGGCACGAUCCGCUUCAACGUCGAUAUGUCCCUUGCGAUUGACACGUCGCGCUGCCGCACGAACCAAGGUUGCCCGCUCCAGCCGCAGGGCACCAUGGACUGGAUCAAGCUCUACGCGUCGGACGCGGCGCAGUGGCACCAGAACUUUGCCUCGGCGUUCCAAAAGGUGAGCGCCAACGGCAUCCGCGGCCUCGUGCCUGUGUCGCAGCUGCGGGCCUAAGGUGCGCCGCCUCUUGUCCUCCACGUAAAUCUAAUCCGAGUGCUGUUUUUAUCGCCCA